UCUCUCUCUUCGUCCCCCCUCCUCCCCAGCCCUCCCUUCCCACGCCCCAGUGCGCUGUGGGAUAGUGGCACUAUAAAGUAUAUCCUCUCGCGGAGAAAGAUAAGAACCCCGAGACAGGACGGGGAUGAAGAUGGCGGACGCCAAGCAGAAGAGGAAUGAGCAGUUAAAGCGAUGGCUAGGCUCGGAAACGGACCAGGAGCCUCCUAUACUUAAAAAGAAGAAGACGAAGGUGAAGUUCGAUGAUGGCGCCGUGUUUCUGGCCGCCUGCUCAAGCGGCGAUACCGAAGAGGUGCUGCGAAUGCUUGACCGGGGCGCUGACAUCAACUACGCCAAUGUAGACGGUCUCACCGCCCUUCACCAGGCAUGCAUAGAUGAUAAUGUUGACAUGGUGACUUUCCUGGUGGAGCAUGGAGCCAGCAUCAACCAGCCUGACAAUGAGGGCUGGAUCCCCCUCCACGCUGCAGCCUCCUGCGGAUACUUGGAUAUAGCAGAGUAUCUCAUUAGUCAGGGUGCUAAUGUAGGAGUUGUGAACAGUGAGGGUGAGACACCUCUGGACAUUGCUGAAGAGGAGGCAAUGGAGGAACUCCUGCAGAAUGAGAUCAACCGACAAGGGGUGGAUAUUGAGGCGGCCCGGAAAGAGGAGGAGCGGAUCAUGCUGAGGGACGCCCGGCAGUGGCUCAACAGCGGCCAUGUCCAAGACAUCCGGCACACCAAGUCUGGAGGAACGGCACUCCAUGUGGCUGCUGCAAAGGGAUACGUUGAGGUUUUAAAGCUUUUAAUCCAAGCAGGGUAUGAUGUAAAUAUUAAGGACUAUGAUGGCUGGACUCCUCUACAUGCAGCAGCGCACUGGGGCAAAGAGGAGGCAUGUAGGAUAUUGGUGGAGAGUCUAUGUGACAUGGACCUCGUUAAUAAAAUGGGCCAGACUGCUUUUGAUGUAGCAGAUGAAGAUGUUCUGGGAUACUUGGAAGAACUGCAAAAGAAACAAAAUCUGCUGAUGAGUGAGAAGAAAGGUGUUAAGAAAUCUCCUCUGAUUGAAACAACAACCACUGGGGAUAACAACCAGUCACUGAAACCACUCAAAAGCAAAGAAACACUGCUUCUGGAGCCAGAAAAGACUGCCCCACGCAUUGAGACCUUAGAACCGGAGAAGGUGGAUGAAGAGGAGGAGGGGAAGAAAGAUGAAUCAAGCUGCUCCAGUGAGGAAGAGGAGGAAGAAGAUUCCGAGUCGGAGACUGAAGCAGAGAAGACCAAGCCUUCAGCAUCGGUGAGCAACAGCACAGUGCCAGCACCAUCCAGCAUCACCGUUUCACCUCCAACUAGUCCAACCAACCAGGAGACAACCCCCACGUCACCAGUAAAGAAGGUCACUCAGCCUGCUGCAAAGGUCUCAACUAAAGUGGAGGAGGAGAGAAAGGAUGAGUCUCCAGCAUCGUGGCGUCUGGGUUUGAGGAAAACGGGCAGCUACGGGGCACUAGCGGAGAUCACAGCCACCAAGGAGGCUCAGAGGGAAAAGGACACAACUGGGGUGAUGCGCUCGGCUUCAAGCCCUCGACUUUCCUCAUCUCUAGACAACAAAGAGAAGGAAAAGGACAAAGGAACCCGGCUUGCCUAUGUGGCCCCCACCAUCCCGAGGAGACUGGCCAGUACUUCAGACAUUGACGAGAAGGAAAACAGGGACUCUGCUGCUCUGAUACGUAGUGGCUCCUACACCCGGCGACGCUGGGAUGAUGACCUGAAAAACAGCGAAGGAAGUGCCUCCACCAACCGAACCACCAGCUACCAGCGCAGCACAUCCCAUACGCUAGCACUAGGGCGGAGCGGCAGCACGCGGGACGUGCCAGCCAAGUCUUCGUCCACCUCCAGCUUGGACCCUAACACCUGUAAUACUAAACCUUGGCAGCCACCCACCUCCCACUACCAGUCUUACAGCAUUUAUCGCAGCGACUCUUUUGGCAGAAGACAUGAGGAUUUAAGCUCCCCGACCACCACCUCCAUGACCACCACCGCCACCUCAUCUGUUACCUCGCCCACAGGCCAUCGCAGCCUGCUUUCCAGCCUGGGCUCCUCCUCCACCCGCACUGGCUCCACCAGUCUCACCAGCAGGUACUGGUCAGAAGAGAGUGCAGAGAGGGAAAAGGAGAAGGAAAAGGAGUCCGUUGCGGUCAUCCCCACGAUAAACACUGGCUCUACUACGACCACAUCUACCACUACCACCUCCGCCAUAUCAACCACCACCAACACCACUGGCACAGUCACUGGCUCUGAAAGGCGCAGGUCAUACCUGACACCAGUGCGUGACGAGGAGUCAGAGUCCCAGAGGAAAGCUCGCUCUAGACAGGCUCGACAGUCGAGGAGGUCUACCCAGGGUGUGACACUGACCGACUUGCAAGAGGCUGAGAAAACAAUCGGCAGGAGUCAUACCACAAAGACCCGUGAGGAGGAGAAGGAGGAGAAAGAGAAGCAGGACAAAGAGAAGCCGCAGGAGGAGAAGAAGGAGACAGAGACCAAGGAGGACGAUUACCGAUCGAAAUAUCGCAGCUUUGAAGAGCGUUACCGGCCUUCAUCUUCCUCCUCCACUUCUGUCAUUUCCACACUCAGCACUGCCUCCACCCCAUCCUACUCUAGCACCACAUUGUCCUCCAGUUCCAGCUCCCUCAACAGGCCUAACAGUCUGACAGGGAUCACCUCCUCCUAUAGCCGUUCCUCCAGAGAUACAGAGAAAGAAACAGACAAAAGGGAGGAGGAGAAAGAGGGGGAGGACAAGCCCCGCUCCAUACGGGAUCGCAGGCGGCCCCGCGAGAAAAGGCGCUCCACUGGGGUUUCCUUCUGGGCCCAAGAUGGUGAUGAGCAUGAGCCUGACCAGCAGUCAGACUCCGAGGAAGGCAGCACCAAGGGAGAACCACAGAGUGACAGAUUGUCCAGGAAUGAGAGCACUUCAUCCUUAGAUCGCAAUGACACUCUUUUUAGCCGUAGCUAUGGCGAGAAUCGAAGGCCGUACUCGAGCCGACUGGAUAGAGAUGACACCACUGACUAUAAGAAGCUCUAUGAGCAGAUCUUAGCUGAGAACGAGAAGUUGAAGGCCCAGUUACGUGACACAGACCUGGAGCUGGCAGACUUGAAGCUACAACUAGAAAAGGCCACACAGAGGCAGGAACGCUACGCUGACCGCUCACAGCUUGAGAUGGAGAAAAGGGAAAGAAGAGCUCUAGAAAGAAAGAUUUCUGAGAUGGAGGAGGAACUUAAGAUGCUCCCAGACUUGAAAGCAGACAACCAGAGACUAAAGGAUGAGAACGGAGCGCUCAUUCGAGUCAUUAGCAAGCUUUCAAAGUAGAACUGAACCCCCACCCCAAUGUCCUGUCUUCUGCAUCCUCUAGUCCCCCAUGUCAGUGACUAAUGGAAUUGCACAUUUAGAUAUUAAUUGCAACAGACAUCAGAGACAAGACUCCUUUUUCUUUUUCUCCUCCCAACUCUUUGUCCUUUUUGCUCCCCCACUACUGCAGCAUCCAUCCAUCCACCCACCUCCUUGACUCUAAUCCACUUGAUCCUGUGGCUGCUGUCCUGAUAGAAUUAUUGAGUUUACAGAGCAAAAGGAGAAGGGUUGUGUGAGCAGCAUGUUAAAGCAUUGUGGGCAGGGAAGCCUGAAAACUAUUUAACUAAUAAGCCUUAGUUGUACAUAAAGAGAAAAAGAAAAACACUUGCAUCGGUCUCUUUUCUCUAUCAGCUGUCACUGAACAACAGAUAUUAUCCAACACCUGAUUUUAUUUGUGCCACAGUCUCUUUUUUGAUGUAAUUUUGUUUCCUCUUUCUGUGUAGGUGUUGUGUGCUGUGCAGUUUCCUCCCUCCUUAACCCCUUGAAGUGCCACUCUUGCCUCCUGUCAGCUCCUUGUGGCCCUCCUCCCUUUCUUUUUUCUUUUUUUUGUCGUCACCCAGUUCACCAAUGCGCACACACACUUGCCCACCCCCUCCCUGUUUUUGUACCUCUGUGUGUCUUCCUCCAAGAGGGAAAAAUAUGAGUUCUCGCUUUGGCGAAACGAGGCGGACCUGGUGGAAUUUAAGCUUUCACUGUAUGUGCAAUAUGCAUUUUUAUGCUUUAAUGGUGAGUCCAUCACAAGUAGGAUUUUUCACUCUUCCACCGCUUCCAUAGCUCCUCCCCCAUUUUUUUUUUUUUUUAGUUUGUAGUGUAGUCGGUUUAUACUCUAUUUCUCACUUUGUUUUAGCAGGUACUGAGUGAUGCUGUAUAUACCUGUAUGUAUUUGUUUGAGACCAGCACAUGGCAUGCGUUUAUGGUUCCCAUCUGUUACUAUUAAAAGUAUACAAACUCCAGAGGAUGAAAAGGUGUGUUUUAAUUAUAUUUCUUUUAUAGUCUACAAACAUUGGAUACAGUGCAGUAGAGCCUUUCUCUUACACGGGAUGUCUGGCAGCAUUCAGUGCUCUCCCCCCAGGUUAAAGUAAGUGUUCACAUAAUUGUGAGUUAAAAAAAAAAAAAAAAAUCGCUUCACUACAUUUCACUUGCGUUGUAUUCGGUAUCUUGGAAGAGUGCUGUUCAUUUUGUUUCCAAUUUUUAAAGCUGUAGUAUUAUAGCCAAGGUGUUGUCACUUAAAAAGAUAAAUAGUAGGUAUCGCUAACCCAGUCCUUUUUCCAACGUCUACAUGCACUGUCAAUGCCAUGUGAGGAGUCUUGUUGUCGGAUUAAAGCAAAUCGCCACCAUCAAUUAGAAACAUUUUAUGCAUUUCAUUGGCCUUUUAAGAAUAUUUUAGUGAAAGAAGUUAAAAAGUCACUGCAGAUGGACAGAUGACCAUCUUUUCUGGUUUAGACUUUUUUGUUAAUUUUUUUUUUUCCCGCCAUCUUGUAAAAUAGGUGUGUGGCUUAAUACAUGCAAGCUGUGCUGUGACUACAACCACUGAAGAAUUCAUUAAAAAUAAACUU